AAAACGUCACAUUGAAAUAUCAACGUGUUCAGAAUUUUUCUACAAAAGAGUGAUUGACAAAAUGAGAACAUCAAAAAAGUGGUUAGACGCUCAAUCCGAGCAAAAUACCAUACUUCGGACAUUUCCAGCAUAUUUAACAUUGGUUGAUUUGAGAAAUGAUGGGUAUUUCAAGCUGGUCAUUGUGGAAAUUCCGCAAAGUUUUAAAACGGAUGAAAAACCAAAGUUAAAAGUAUACAAAGGAACUCAACUUGUUAGCGAACAAACGCUACCAGGCAUUCCGUCAAGCUUAAAAUCAUUCUAUGUUGAUGAUAACGAUCCAAAAUUACCAGUGAUUGCCGUUUCCAUCGGACCAGCUGUUUAUUUCUACAAAAAUAUGAAACCGUUUUUUAAGUACACAUUUCCCGGUUUAAAAAUAGAUCCACUUGAAAAAGAUAUAUGGAAAAAGUUGCCGUUUGAAAAAUCGGUACAAAUUCCGGAGUUAAUAAAAAAUUUGAAAACAAUUCGAAUUAGCGAACUGACUCUUAUGUCACAGAAAUUGAUUUCGUUACCGGAAGAUGAACAGCAAGAUUUCAUUGCCAAAAAUGCAGAAAAAGAAUUACAGAGAUUACCAACAAUCGUUGCUAUGGAUACGAUUCGACGGAAUGCGAGCAGUUCAAGUAAUAUUUCAUAUCUUAUUAUAGCUAGUGAAUCGGGUGAAAUUAUUAUUCUGGAUACGCAAUCAUUUUCGGUACUGCACCACGCUCGUACCUUUUCAUCGAUAACCGCAACACCGAGUUUGAUAUCUGUGAGUGGACAGUAUGACCAUGAUUUUCGUAUUGUUGUAGCAACACGCCAGGGAGACGUUUGUAUGUUACGAAAAGGUUGGUUUGAAGGAAAAUCCAUUUUCAAAAUCGAUUAUCCAGCCGUCGGUCUAUCUCUGUUGCCCAUUGAUCAAACGAUAAUUGUUGUUUGCAUUGACAAAACGCUGGAAUGCUAUUCGAAGAAAGGUAAACGAUUAUGGGGCGUAACUUUGCCGGAACCAGCUGUGUGCAUGGUAUCAAUAACACUAUCUCAUGUUGGUCAAACUUUGGUCUGUGUGGCGUUGCGCGGCGGCCUAGUGCAGAUCUAUUCGAAUAAAGUCAUCGUUGAUCAAUUUACCGUUUCUGAAACUGUGUCGGCAAUGUCCUUUGGUCGAUUGGGUCAAGAAGAUCAUGUAUUGGUUUUAAUUACAAUCGAGGGAUCGUUAAUUAUCAAAAUUCUAAAAAGAACGGCUGAAUUUACCGUGGAGACCAUUGAUUUCUAUGACCGGCAUACCGAGCGAUCGGGUUCACUGCAAAUCCCGAAAAAGACCAAGGUUUUUAUUGAACAAACAGUGCGGGAACGAGAAAAUGCUCCAGCAAUUUACAACAAUUUCUUAACUGAACUGUGGCGUUUGAGAUUGAUAGCUGCUCGGGAGACAGUUGAAGUAAUCAAUUCUUCGGAAAGUACAAUAUCGGGUGAUAUUGGCCAAACGCCCAUUAAAAUAGCGGCAGAGGUGUGUGGUUUGGGACCAGAUUUUCAACUUUUCUUAACUAUUGAGAAUAUGUCAUCGCGCAAAAUUGCAUCUGAUUUAUGCGUGCUACUACACAGUAACCAUCAUCAUUUUCUUUUGAAAAAAGCGUUUCAGAGGUUGCCAUUGAUUGUGCCGGGUGCGCCGAUCAAGAUAAACUUUCCGGUGACGGCCGUUGUUGAUGCGGACGAUGGUCUACAGCCAUCGGAUCUCACGCCGGAAACAGCCAAUGUUCGAGUUAUGAUCUUGAAAUCAAAUCAAGCCAAACCUAUUCUAGCUGCAACCAUAGCUAUGCCAACACCAGAAAUAUUUCAACAAGAUGUUUAUUAAA